CAGCAGCAAUGGGAGGCCACACAGCACCCUAUGACAAAAUGGAACCCACCAGCAGUGUGAGGAGACCUGAAAGUGGCACAUGGCAGAGUGUGGCGAUGGAGACAGCAGCAAUGGGAGGCCGUACAGGGACCCAUGACACACUCUGGACCUGGCAGCAGCAUGAGGAGGCGGUACAGGGGCCCACGACAGAUUACGGGCCUGGCAGCAGCAUGAGGAGUCGGCGGUACAGGGGCCCAUGGCAGAGUGGCGGAGCGUAAGCAGCUAAAAUUGAAGGCCAUACAGAGGCCUAUGUUAAAAAGUCCCCCCAGCAGCAGCGUGGGGAGACCACUAUCAAGAGUCCAAUGGCAGAGUGGCGGAGCAGAAGCAGCUUCAAUUGAAGGCCAUACACAGGCCUAG